AUGUUCAAUAUAUCAAGUAUUUACAAAAAUACAUGUGUUACUUCAUAUUUAGUGCUACAGACUCGAUACAAAACCAAGAUACAUUGGUCCAAGUUGAAGAAAAAAACUGGUCCUAAAUAUAAAGCGUUGAACCAUUUCGAUGAGUUCUAUGCUUCAGUGUUUGGGGACGCUAAAUGGCAAGCAAUGCGCGAAGCGAUGUUACGGCGUUCGAAAUAUGUAGCACUUGUGAACAAUUACGGAGAUGCCGAUAAAACAAUGGAGGAACUUACUAAAAGAGGAGCUCACUGCCUGAAAAAGUUAAUAACAAUACAACAAGAGUUUAAUAAGGAAUACAACAUUACUCCUGAAGCAACACAAGUUGUUGAGACGGAUGGACAGUCAGAAAGACUAACAGAUUAUAUGGAAAGACAACACACUGAUGAGAUUUCCAAUAUUUAUCCUAAUUCAGAGAAUAAACCUGAGAAAUUGGAUAUGGAAGAUGAAGAAGAAGUCAAAGUGAAGAAGGUGAACCAGGAGGUGACCUUAACAAACAAGACCUUAGACGAAUCAAUAGCUGAAGCCAAAAUAGACGAGUCCCGGAUAAUAGACCCGUCACUGGGUAUGACUUCCGAGUCCCUCUACCAGUUCCUGCCAGCCACAAAGCUGAAGGGAAUGGAUGAAUGGGUCCCUGAGUCAGUGCAUUAUUCUUAUUAUUCUAAGGAGAAAGACUUCCCGUUUAUAAUAGAACCAGAAGGUCCCCUAAAAUAUCCGGAACAUUUGAAAGUGUUUACAUAUGAAAUGGACAGUGACCAAACCACUUUCCCAGAGCCAAAGAGAUGUCAAACAGGAGUUUACAAUUACUACCCAAUGGACUGUGGGAGUAUCCUCCCAGUGUUAGCUCUGGACCUGAGCCCCGGUGACAGAGUGCUGGACCUCUGCUCGGCCCCCGGAGGCAAAGCCCUAGUCGCGCUGCAGACGUUACUGCCAGACGUAGUCGUGUGUAACGACAUCUCUAUAUCUAGGCUGAAUAGGAUACAGCGUUCGUUCCGCGAGUAUUUAUUCGAUUUCGAGACGAGCAACAAAUGGCGGGAGCGCGUCGUCUUCAAGAGGGUGGAUGGACGACUGUACACUGAUGACCUAGGUUUCGAUAAGGUCCUAGUAGAUGUCCCAUGCACAACAGACCGACACUCCAUGAAUGAAGACGAGAACAAUAUCUUCAGACCUGACAGAGUCAAGGAGAGGCUCAGGAUACCCGAGAUGCAGUCUCAGUUGCUAGUUAACGCUCUUCGACUGGUGAAAGUCGGUGGGACAGUAGUCUAUUCUACUUGUUCACUGAGCCCCAUACAGAACGAUGGAGUCGUCCAUAUGGGGAUGAAGCAAGCCUUCGAGAAUAAUAAUAUCAUCGUCAAAGUCAAGAACAUGUCAUUAACAAUGUCAGGUCUGACCAGCACGCUGGUGUUAGGCACGGGUUCUGCUGCACCUAAGUACGGCCAACUAGUCACGCCAUCAGUCGGCGCCAACUUUGGACCCUCAUAUAUCGCUAAACUAAUUCGUAUGCGAUAA